AUGCCCGCCCUCACAUUUCCCUCCUCCUACCAGACCGCACCCGCCACGUCCUCGCCCGCCGCAGCUAGCUCUGCAAGUUACUCAUCACCUGAGCAGUUCGAUGCGGGAUCCCGCUCACCACCACGGCCGCCUGUGUCGCCGAUAACGCCCGUCGCUUCGCACGCCCAGCUCGCGCCCAUCGAGGACGUCGAAGAUGUCCUCCCUCCUCCCGCUACCAAGUUCGUACCACCACCGCCCCCGGUGCCGAUAUCAGAGAGCGAGAACCCGGAUGCGAUAGCCUUGCGCUCCUCGAUCUCGCUUCUGCAGCUGCAGCGCGAGAAGAGCAAGAAGGACAUCAAGACGCUGGAGCAGAUAAAGCAGGCAGCGCUCGCGGACCCAGAAGCGUUCCUCAAGGAGCUUACGGAAGGGAGACUCCGGGGGAAGCAUGCUGUUGGGGAUAUUCUUGGGCCCACGCUGGCGGAUCUUAUAUCCAACGUCGCAGACCAACCCUACAGCGAACUAGGCCGCAACGAAGCGCAAGACAGCCAAGAUCCAGCACCGGAGGACAGCACCGCUCCGCUGCCUCUACCUGCCGAGCCGCCCUCAAGGUUCCCUUCUAUACCGCAGCCGCAGAACAUCUUCCGCACGCCGCCCAUCAACUGGGCGAAAUACCACGUUGUGGGCGAGUCGCUGGACAAGCUGCACGAGGAGCAGAGGCAGAGACCUGCACCGGGACAGCCGUCACGCGAUGACCCGGUUGGUAGAGCGCCUGUGCAUGUGAUAGCGGCGCCUUACUCGCCAUUCACGGACAAGCCGCAUCCUAUGCAGACGCGGAAGGAUUCGAAGAGGAUGGGAUGA